AUGAGGCGCUGCCCGUGUAGGGGAAGCCUGAACGAGGCGGAGGCCGGGGCGCUGCCCGCGGCGGCCCGCAUGGGGUUGGAGGCGCCGCGAGGGGGGCGGCGGCGGCAGCCGGGACAACAGCGACCGGGGCCGGGUGCUGGAGGCCCGGCGGGACGGCCGGAGGGGGGCGGACCCGGGGCCUGGACUGAGGGGUCCAGCCUACACCCCGAGCCCGACAGAAUGGGCCUUGUGCCUGAACUAGGGACAGAUGGCCCGCAGACAAAAUCCUGGACAGACGGACAGGCUGAGCCUGAAACAGCUGGCCUAGGAGCAGAGACCGAAAGGCCCAGCCAAAACACGGAGCCAGACCGGUCGGGCUGCCGGACACAUCCAGAAAGGAGGAGCCAUUGGUCAAGGCUGGAGACCGCCGGUCCCUGGAGGGAGACAGAUGGCUUUUGGACUGAUCCUCACAGAUCCGACCUCCAGUCUCAGCCAGAGAGGGCCAGCCUCUGGACACAGCCAAAGGAUGAUAAGCCCUGGACAGAGCUAGAAAUACUUGGAUGGCAGACCCAGCCAGAGAGGGUCAAGCCCUGGGCUGAUAACCUCUGGACCCAUAAGAGCAGGUCCAACCUCCGGACUCACUCAGAGGGAACCUGUCCCUCAAUAGAACCAAGUGCUGAUGGCUCUUGGAAAGAAUUGUACACUGAUGUACAAUUCAGAGCACCAGAGGAUACCGAAKGCUCCUGGACAGAGCCACAGACUACUGAAUCAGCCUGGACACAGCCUUGCACAGAUGGUCUCCAAACAGUACCUGGAGCAGAAUGUCUUUUGGGGGAAUCCAACCAACAUGACUCAUUAGAGGAACCAGAACCUGGGGAGUUGGUGACUCACCUGUACCCUCACUUGGAGUGUAGCUCCCUGUGCCCUGUGCCCCGCCUCAUCAUCACCCCUGAAACCCCUGAACCUGAAGCUCAGCCUAUGGGACCCUCCUCCCGAAUUGAGGGGGGCAGUGGUGGCUUYUCCUCUGCCUCUUCUUUCGACGAAUCUGAGGAUGACUUGGUGGCUGGGGGCGCAGGUACCAGCGAUCCUGAGGAUAGGUCUGGGAGCAAACCAUGGAAGAAGCUGAAGACGGUUCUGAAGUACUCACCCUUCGUGGUCUCCUUCCGUAAACACUACCCUUGGGUCCAGCUUUCCGGACAUGCUGGGAAUUUCCAGGCAGGAGAGGAUGGUCGGAUUCUGAAACGUUUCUGUCAAUGUGAGCAGCAGAGCCUGGAACAGCUGAUGGGAGACCCCCUGAGGCCUUUUGUGCCAGCUUACUAUGGCAUGGUGCAGAGGGAUGGCCAGGCCUUCAACCAGAUGGAAGAUCUACUGGCAGACUUUGAGGGCCCCUCCAUCAUGGACUGCAAAAUGGGCAGCAGGACCUACCUGGAAGAGGAGUUGGUGAAGGCGCGAGAACGGCCCCGGCCCCGAAAGGACAUGUAUGAGAAGAUGGUGGCUGUGGACCCUGGGGCCCCCACCCCUGAGGAGCAUGCCCAGGGCGCGGUCACCAAGCCCCGCUACAUGCAGUGGAGGGAAACCAUGAGCUCAACUUCCACCCUGGGCUUCCGAAUCGAAGGCAUCAAGAAAGCUGAUGGCACCUGCAACACCAACUUCAAGAAGACACAGGCAGUGGAGCAGGUGACAAAGGUGCUGGAGGACUUUGUGGACAGGGACCAUGGAAUCCUGAAAAAGUACGUGACACGCCUAGAAGAACUUCGAGAAGCUCUGGAGAACUCUCCCUUCUUCAAGACCCAUGAGGUAGUGGGCAGCUCCCUCCUCUUUGUGCACGACCACACUGGCCUGGCCAAGGUCUGGAUGAUAGACUUUGGCAAGACAGUGGCUCUCCCUGACCACCAGACGCUCAGCCACAGGCUGCCCUGGACUGAAGGCAACCGGGAGGACGGCUAUCUCUGGGGCCUGGACAACUUGAUCCAUCUCCUUCAGGGGCUCACCCAGAGUUGACCCACCCAAGGCUGCCAGGUUUACUGGAUGGUGCCAGUGUGGCUGGAGAAGCCCCCAAGAUGCUGAGUGGGCCUGAGGUUGGCGAUGGGAGAGGUUAUAUUGUAGCGCAAGACCAGUGUAGAAGGUCUGAAGGGCCCUGGGAGACCAGGCAGCACCUGGCUUCCCUGCAAUGUGAGGAAUGUGACCAGUUAGGGUCAUGGUGAGUCAACAGAACCAGAACCAGAUCCCCUGACUAGCCAAGGUGUCUUCCCAGGGGAUGCCAGAGGUCACAGCUAUGCCACACUGCCUGAGAUCACAUCAGUCAUCAAAGGGUACAGGCAUGACAGUGCACAUGGCCAUGUGAGUGACCUGUAACUGCCUCCUUGUCAACCUCCUCAUGCUCCCAGCUGGCUCCGAGCCCUGGACCUGGUCAGGUUCGUCUUUGGUGCCUUUGAGAGCCAGGAAAUCACUUAUGAAGUACAGGAUUUGCCUGUCCAUUUGAGGGAGUGAUGGCCCAAURUCUAUCUGGAAGUCAUCCAAGUGCUAAGAGGCCAAAGGUGUGACACCACGGGACAUCUGCUGAUGCUGCCCUAGGGCUGAUACUGCUGGGUGGGGCAGCUUACCUAUCCUGCCUUGCCRUGGACACUGUGGGAUCCUCCCUAUUCCUCAAAUCAAUUCUGCCAACCUGCUGCAGACCCAAACCACAGCCACAUCUAGCCUGUGUGCCAGCACUGUGACCAGCACAACCUUGUUCCUUGGUGCACCAGAUCCAGCUUCAGGACUUCCUUCUCCUCCUGCCCGUAUCUCUGGGCUUYUCUGUUUCCUUCCCUCUAGUGGACUGCAGCAACAGGAAGUGAGUUUCCUCCUUGGGAAUAAGUGCUGCCUUGCUCCACAGGGACUUUACCCAAUCCAGCCCCCAACCCAGUGAAGCACCAGGUUGGCCCAGAAGCACAAGGUGGUGCAGCUUCUGGCAUGACCUUGGGUUUGUAAUUUGGUCAAAACCAAAGACUCCAGAGUCCUGGGGUACUGCAGACAGCUCAUGUCCCAGUGCCCCAGCACCUGUGACUUUGGUUUCCUGGCCUAUGAGGAUGGGCAUGUGGAGGACAGGUACCUACCUCUUCCUAAGCUGGAGCCCUAAUGUCUUCCAUGGCUGAGGUUGGUCCUCCUUUUCUACUGACCAUCUUUAUACUUAUUUAUACAUGUGGUAGUUGUUAGGAGGCAAAAUGGCUUUACCCUG